AUGCCGGCUGCCACUGAGACGAAGGCGCUCGCCGACACAGCCACCGGCACAGCGUGGCAAUGGGAACGAGAUGCCAAAGACGCCUCCUAUCGGCAUCCUGGAAAUGCGCCCGGGUCCUCUCAGCGGGUCAGAAAGACGGAGCCGGGACCCAAGGACGCGGCACAGCAGCGGCGCCAGGACUUCCACCGCAUGACUUUGGAGUUGAAGAAGAGUCGGGAUGACUUGAGCGAUGCUAAGCAGGCUUUCGAGACUCGAGACCGCCUGCGACGCCUCGAAGACAAGGCUGAGAGGGAGGAGCUGGAGAAGGACUUUGAGAAGCGGUUGCAGGAGCAAAAGGUGCUCCACGAGACGGCUUUCAAGCAUGAAGCCCACAGGGCCGGCUACGACGGUGAGGAACCUUCCCCUUUUACGCAGUUAGAAAGCUUAUGGCAGGGCAUCCAUACUUCAGUGGCUACCUGCACCUCAGCGCGGUCGGCAUGA